AACAGGCCUUUUUAAACCCUCCAUUCCUCCAAGCCUUCAUCUCUUUUCAUCACAUCAAACAGCCUUUUAUUCAGAGAGACAGAGAGAGAGAGCGCGCAAGAAAGAGUGCGCGAGAGAGAUGUCGACCCCAACCCCUCCCAGUCAAAAACAGGCUAGCACCGAAGAAGACAGGAAGCCCUCCGCCGAUGGUGCCCAUAUCAAUCUCAAAGUUAAAGGCCAGGACUUGGAAUUAAAAUUUAAAUUGAUGGAAAAUUGUCGCCGUGUAGAAGAGGCAUAUAUAUGAAAAAUCGUGUUCAUUAUCGUCCUGAUAUUUUAAGGCAGAAAGCAGAUCCUGCUGCUAUUGAUGGAGAUAAAUUUACAUCCAAACCAGGGAAUAAGAGAAAAGCUACUGCUGUUACUGCUUCAGGAAGAAAAAGAAAAGUUAAUGAUGCACCAACAUCUAAACCAGGGACGUCCUUUUGCAAUGCGUAUGGCCACCAUUUUGUUUUUCUUAUUGAAUUUGCCUCGGGAUACGCUCUUUUCGAUGCUCAUGGAAUGUAUGAAUAUCCUGGAUUUACCACCACGUUCAAAAUAGCUGAGAAGUACCUCAAUAACAACCCAUUCACGCUGAGAGCUUUUUAUCCCUUUUUAUCUGUGGGUGACGCUCUCAUUCAAAUGAAGGCUAUAUGCAACUCAACGGUGACCAAGGAGCUGAAAAAUUUCGUAGUGGAUAAUAUUCCAGAGCGAAUCUCUGAUUAUUGGAUUGCAGUUGCAAAUGCAAGGUUGGCACAGACAAUAGGUUUAGCAACAGGGAUACCUGCCAUAGCUGGUCAUAUAAUUGAUGAGGUCAUGCGUGGUUUGUGGGUGAAAUUUGAUAAAUUCAUCACCGGCUUGGAGCUCGAAAACAUGAAAAUGGCUCGACUGAAUUUGGCACGCAGUUAUCGUAGACAAAGUUGUGCACACAAAGAAAGUUCCAUGGUGCAAAGAGUUUUUUACACUGUUGACAAAGUUGUGGUUGUGCCACAUAAAUUUGAAGGACUUUUCAUCACCAAGGGUUUGGGUAAAAAGAACUUUAUCUGUACUAAAAAUUUAGUACCCGGUAAAGUUCUUUAUGGUGAAAAAUUAAUAUCUGUUCAGAAUAAGGAUGAUGGAACUGAAGUUGAGUACAGAGUAUGGAAUCCGCAUCUGUCAAAGUUGGCGGCUGCAGUAAUGGGCGGUCUUACUAAUAUAUGGGUCAAACCCGGCUCUCACGUUUUAUACCUGGGAGAUGUAUGUGGAAUUACAGUUUUACAAUUGUCUGAUCUUGUUGGCUCGGAUGGUUUGGUCUAUGUAAUUGGGUUGUCAGAUGCUGUUGCAAACACGGUGGGGGAGAGGUCAAAUGUUGUAACACUUCCUGGAAAUUUAUGUUUCCGUAAGGAUUCCAACGUGGUUCGUUGUAGAGAUUACCGCUUUAUUCUUGGUAUGGAUUACCGCAUGGUUGUUGGUAUGGUGGAUGUGUUGCUUGGUGAUAUCAUUUAUCCUGAAGAUUGCUCUUUGCAGUUGAGUUAUAUAAGAAGGUAUGCUCAAUUACAUCUUAAAACUGGUGGUCAUUACUUGAUCUCCACACGGGCAAAACACAUCAAUUUGACUAGCCAGGUAAAAGAUCUGUUUGACAAACUUCCCUUCCACCUGAGGAUAGAGUUCGAGACAAAAGAACUUGUCAUGUUAAAACCAAUAGGGAGAGGGCAUGCCAUGGCUGUUGGCGUUUACCGCGUAGGAAAGUAAUAGAUGGAUGUUCUCUCAUGUACACUUCGGUAUUUUGUCAUUACUGGAACUCCCUGUUUGUGUUGUACAAGAAAUGAAAUUCUGUUUAAACUUUGUUAUCACUUGACAAAGUUAUUUAUUGUGGACUUGAAAUCCUGGAUGUUUGCGGGGCCAGCAUUAUAUAAGUUAUUUCUGUUUUAUCUUC